GCCGAAGGUCGUCUACAGCUGACCUUCAUCCACUACGGAAGUCACGCCUGCAUAUUACGUGUAUUUUCUACUCAAAUAGUUCCCACAAUGAAUAAUAAAAUCACUGCAAAGGAGUUACGACAACAGUUCUUCGAUUUUUUCAAAUCGAAAGGACAUGUUUAUGUUCAUUCUUCUUCUACUAUCCCUCAUAAUGACCCCACACUCUUGUUUGCAAAUGCUGGAAUGAAUCAGUACAAACCGAUCUUCCAAGGAACUGUGGAUCCAAAUAGCGAACUAGGCCGACUCAAAAGAGCAUAUAAUUCUCAAAAAUGUAUCAGAGCUGGAGGAAAACAUAAUGACUUGGAUGACGUCGGACGUGAUGUUUACCACCAUACGUUUUUUGAAAUGCUUGGAAAUUGGUCGUUUGGAGAUUAUUUCAAAAAAGAAGCUUGUGAAUGGGCUUGGGAAUUGUUGACGGAAGUGUGGAAAAUACCGAAUGAACGUUUGUAUGUUACAUACUUUGGUGGUGAUAUCUCAAAUGGUCUACCUGCAGAUGAAGAAGCGCGUGACAUUUGGAUUUCAAUUGGGUACUAUUUUGCACCAAAAAUUCUUUUGUUUUUUAAACCAUCCUACGUGAAACUUGAUAUACCUCCAGAUCUUCGGUAUUAAUGUAUUAUUAUAAAAUAUACACGUUUAUCGCGUGAUAACUACCUUGAACUGUGUACCGUGAUGGUCUUUCGAACAUCUGGUAGUUAUUGUAAAGAAGUAUUACUCAGAUAUUUGGCAUCCUACUAAGAACAAUCAAAAGCACCUCCCACUGACACCUGAGCAGAUAGUGCCAUCAUCUGCCUCCACAGAUUACCUAAGGAUCACGUGCUUCCGUUUGGUAUGAAAGAGAACUUUUGGGAGAUGGGUGAAACAGGUCCUUGUGGCCCUUGCUCUGAAAUACACUAUGAUCGUGUAGGAGAUCGUGAUGCUGCUCAUUUGGUCAAUCAAGAUGAUCCAGAUGUACUGGAAAUAUGGAACCUUGUGUUUAUACAGUUUAACCGGGAAGAGGGUGGAUCUUUAAAACCUCUACCGGCAAAACAUAUUGAUACGGGCAUGGGAUUUGAGCGGGUCUUGUCAGUUCUUCAGAACAAACGAUCUAAUUAUGAUACAGACUUAUUCGUACCUUUAUUCAAGACAAUCGAAGCUGGCACUAAUACAAGACCCUAUACGGGCAAAGUGGGAGUUGAAGAUACUGAUAAAAUUGAUAUGGCUUAUCGUGUACUAGCUGAUCAUGCUCGAGUUCUGACCAUUGCUUUAGGCGACGGUGGACGUGCUCAGAACACUGGUCGAGGAUAUGUGAUCCGUCGCAUUUUAAGACGUGCUGUUAGAUUUGCUAUUGAGGUUUUAAACGCGAAGCCUGGGUUUUUAGCUACUUUAGUUGACGUUGUGAUUGAGACGUUAGGAAAUGCUUUUCCAGAAGUAACCCGAGAUCCGGAUACAAUAAAAGAACUUAUUAAUGAAGAAGAAGAACAGUUUUUAGUUACUUUAAAGCGUGGCCGACGUUUCCUUGAUCGUGUAAUCAAAGAUUUAAAAGUAUCAGGGAGUAACAGCACUACGUUGUCCGGUGAAGUUGCUUGGGGUUUAUAUGAAACCUACGGUUUUCCUUUGGAUUUAACACAAAUACUGGCUGAAGAACACCAUUUAAAGAUUGAUUUAAAUGGAUAUGAAAAAGCUAAAGAAGAAGCUCAAAUUCGUAGUCAGAGCAGAAAAUGUACAGGUGGUUCAAUUGUGGAUCUUGAUGUACAUGCAUUAGCUGAACUAAAAAGUAAAAAUAUAUCAGUAACAGAUGACUCAGACAAAUUUGUCUAUACAUCAGAUCUUAAUGGAAAUUAUGUUUUCCCAGAUUCUGAAGCUACAGUUUUAGCUAUUCGUUAUGAAAAUAAAUUUGUCGAAAGUGUCGAUUCAAGCAAUCAAAUGUGUGGGAUUAUUUUGAACAAAACUAUAUUUUAUGCAGAAUCUGGAGGACAGUUAUAUGACCAUGGUUUUAUAACAAGUUUAACAGAUGAGGUUACUGAAUUUAGCAUUUUAGAUAUACAAUGCCGUGGUGGUUAUAUCUUACAUAUUGGAACUUUACAUGGCAAAUUAAAUGUUGGCAGCAGAGUACUUCUUUCAUUAGAUACUGUACGACGUACAGCUUUAAUGCGUAAUCAUACUGGAACUCAUGUAUUAAAUUUUGCUCUUCGUGAAUUAGUAGAUGAAUCAGAACAAAAGGGUAGUUUAGUUGCACCAGACCGUUUACGAUUUGAUUUUACUGCCAAGCGGGGUAUGACUCGUGAUGAAUUAGCUAAAGCUGAGGAAAUCUGUGAUACGAUGAUAAGCAAACGUUUAAAUGUCUAUUCAUCAAAUGUUUCACUGUCAUAUGCUAAAACUAUUCAGGGAGUGCGUGCAGUGUUCGGUGAAGCGUAUCCUGAUCCUGUUCGAGUCGUUUCUAUUGGAGUUCCUGUGACAAGUUUAGUAGCUGAUCCAGAAAAGGGAUAUGGUAAAACUACCUCAGUUGAAUUCUGUGGAGGAACUCAUGUUCUUAACACUAAACAUAUUGGAGUUUUAGUGAUUGUUAGUGAGGAGGCCAUAUCUAAAGGUGUUCGACGUAUUAUAGCUCUUACUGGUCACGAAGCUGAACGUGCACAAAAAGAAGCUUUACGUCUUGAUAAUGAAGUUAAUGAAUUAAUUCAAUUUGUGAAUAAAUCAAUUUCUCUUAGUCAAAAUAAUAAUGUAACUGAUGACUUCAAUAUUAAUCAACAAAUAUCCAAUUUAUCAGAACUUGUUUCACGCGCCGUUAUCAGUCAACAUCAUCGAGAAAAUUUACGUGAAAAAUUGUUUGAAGCAAAAAAAUUAUUAGAUGCACGUGAUAAAGCAUCGAGAACAGCGACUACUUCUAAGGUUUUAGAAGAGGCUCGAUUAUUAGGUGAAACUCUUUCUAACUCUCCCAGUAAUUAUAUCAUUCAUGUGUUCGAUGCUCAAUCGAAUACAAAAAUUAUGAAUUCUGCUAUAAAAGAAAUAGAACGAAUAUGUCCAAAUAAAGCUGUAAUGGUAAUUUCUUCAGAUCUCAUUUCAAAGAAAUUGACUGUUCUUUGUCAAGUCCCAAAAGUACUUGUUUCACAUGGUUUAAAAGCUAAUGAAUGGGUUACACAUAUUAGUAAAACAAUGGAUGGAAAAGGAGGUGGUAAAGAAAGUUCAGCUCAAGCUGUUGGCAGUCGUAUUGAUACUUUAGAAGAAGUAAUUCGUCUAGCUGAUAUAUUUGCUAGUACAAAGUUAACUAACAAUUAACAAUGUUUCUAUUGUAGUUAUUAUGUGUAUACACAUAUCUAUAUUUAUAAAAUAUAGGAAUUUAUAAAUGUAUUUAUAUGAUGGAAAAGAAAAGAAAAUUUGUUUUAUAAAAAGAUGUACCAGUGAAUUAGUGACAAAGUAAACUAGCGUAAAUAGUUUGUUAUCAUUUAUAUCGGAUUAAUUUGACUUGGUUUUUCUUUUUUCAAACAGACUGAAUAUAAUAACAUGGGAGCUUCACAAUUUAUAUAUAUCACUUAUAAAGUUGUGACAAGGUUCUAAAUACAUUUAAAUCUAUACGAACAAUUUCUACUGUACUGUUAAAAUAUGUAUAAAUGUAAUGCAUACUGCAUUUGAGAUGAGAUUGUCAUGCCAUUUCAUUUAUACUAAUCUUUAAAAUCCAAA